AGAUUGGUGAACAUGUCACAGGAAGAACGAAAAAAAUGGGAAUUGAGGAAGUUAUGGAGAGACGAAAACAUUCGAUUGUCUAUAUUGAGAGAGGAAGAAAGAAAGGAGAAAGCCGAACUAGCUGCUGAACUUGGUACUUUAACGGUAUCAACAGAUGACCAGUCGCCUAGAUCAACCAGUGAUUUGCUGACUCAAACUGAUUCAUCGCUCACCGACAAACUUCACGGAAGCAAGAAACAAUUGGAUUAUUUGCUAGGUAUAGACAGUGCUGCUGAAGAAGAAUUAUCGGUGAAAUCUGAAUACAAAAUUGGUGAAGCGGAAUCAGUAGACGCGUUCAAGUAUUCUACAUCCAAGUCGAUAAGAGAGUCUCAGCAAUAUCUGAGAUCGCACAGAAUUUUCGAAUUUUUUCAGUUUAUUGUUGCACAUUUGUUGAGUGCCAAGGCUGAUAAUCCUAUUGAGUUUAUUUUAAAGCUGAUCAAUCAGUGCUUGUUAUACAGAUCGGGUAUGAGUAAUCCUCCUUUAUUAUUUGACAAGAAGCACAUUCACCAGUUGUUCCAUUUGAUGGAUCACAUGAAAUCGGGAUUUGUGGAACCAGCUCAAUACGUUACUGCGAUGCAAACUCUGGCUAUUUGUUCAUUUAACGAACAUCCUGAAUAUUCAGAGGAAGAAGAAACCUUCGUUGAAGAAAUAUACAAUGCUGAGCUUGCCAUCUUCGAAGACUUGAUUAAGAGAAGAUCUUUGAAAAAGAAGGCUCCGAAAGUACCGGAAUCUUACGACACCAUUUCAGUACCUAGCGCUGAUCCUCCAUUUUUUAUACCUUCUUCAAUGUUUAAACUCAGCAAGCAUACCCUAUCUUCGUCCAGACACAGUGAAGGCUGAAGGAAUUAUAA